CGCUAGUCCAGUUUUGGCUAUUACAUCUGGACUAAAACAUGGGGCCUGUUUUGUUCAACAUGACAAUUUUACUAAUAUUUUGUGCUGUCGGUUUCCAUCUUGUGGUGGAGGCCUUUAUUCUCAACCAAGAUAAAAUAGAUCUGACGAAGCACAAGAACUGGCCGCUGGUGUAUCACGACGAGAACUGUGGCCGCAGCAAACUGCCGCUGGCUCGCAAAUCCAUUACUGGCCGCAACGCCGACAUGGGAGCAUACCCGUGGAUGGCACGUCUUGUCUACAGAGCUUCCAAAGACGAUGCCGAGACUGGAAGCUGUGGCGGAUCCCUGAUAAACAAACGCUACAUCCUCACAGCGGCUCACUGCUGCCUUGAUACUGCUGCGAAUGCAUACGGAAUGGUGUUGGCAUACGUUACAUUGGGAGAAUAUGAUGUUCAUCAUAUAAGGGACUGCUACAGAGGUAACUGCGCACCUCGCGUCUUGGAAGUUGAAGUUGAAGAUAUAAUAAAACAUCCUCUUUACAGAAAGGCGAACCCUUUUUCAGAUGAUUAUUGUUUACUUCGACUCAUCCAUGAUGUUGAAUUUAAUGAUUAUAUACAGCCAAUAUGUCUACCCUCCGUAAUUGAUAACGAUGAGAAGACCUUAUAUAAUAUGAAUAUGACAGUCGCUGGUUGGGGAGCUACGGAGAAUUUACCCCAAACCAGACAUCCACAUAUACUCCAAGAGGUAGACGUUUGUCGUCAGACCUACGGAGUUCUGUGAUGCUGAAAUAGAAAUGCAUUUUGACUGGGAGAGUCAGAUCUGUACAGGGGCGAGCGAACCCAACACAAGCCCUUGCCCUGGGGACUCUGGGGGUCCUCUCAUGUACUACAACACCACAGGAGACUCAGGCAGAUAUGUGCUUAUGGG